AUGGCUUCAUCAUUCGAUUACGAUUCAUAUAUAAAACGAUGUGUAUUUGCUUGGGUAUCUAUUGGUCUUAUAUGGAAAAAUAUAACUCUUUUUCUUAUAUUAAUAUUAUUUCGUAUAAAAAGCAAGCAAGUAAUUCUUGUAGGAGAUGAAAAAGUAUUUCAACAACAAACUGAUGGAAUGAAUCAGACAAUGUCAAAUAAUACUCAACAAUUGAAUCGUACCUUUAAACAUAAAAUUUCGAGUAUUAAAAGGCGAAUUAAAAAAGCAUUAGAAUAUGAAACUCAUUUUAUGGUUCAUUUUCUUCUAUUAUUUUUCGUUUUUACUGAAGUACUUCAAAGUACAACAACACGAUUAAUUGUCUAUGGAAGUAUUUUUGUUAUUGCUCGUUAUAUACAUAAUGGAGGCAUACUUUUCCGUAAGAGUUAUGCAAGAAUGAUUGGUAUUACAUUCUCAAUUCUUGUAAUCGGUGCAAUCACACUCGAUCUAGCCAUUAUUCUAACAAAUGAAGUAGCACAAAAAAACACAUUAAACUCUAUUUCAUCGUUGUGA